UGCUUGAUGAAAAACACGACUCAGCAAACUAAGAAUCAUACAUACACUAUACACAAACAAGUUACUCCACUCCUGUUUUGUAGCCAUGACUAAUGCUUUGGUGCUUGGUUUCUGUGCUAUCAUAAGCUUGAUUGUGGCACCGUGUUCUAUUUCUGCUCAACCAACAAGGGCUUUCUUCGUUUUUGGUGAUUCACUGGUGGACAGUGGCAACAAUGAUUUCUUGGCAACCACUGCCAGAGCAGACGCUCCACCCUAUGGCAUUGACUUCCCAUCACACAGACCCACUGGACGUUUCUCCAAUGGCUUAAACAUCCCUGACCUUAUCAGUUUGGAACUUGGUCUAGAGCCUACACUGCCGUAUUUGAGCCCCUUACUGGUUGGAGAGCAGCUACUGAACGGUGCCAAUUUUGCAUCAGCUGGGAUUGGCAUUCUCAAUGAUACGGGAAUUCAAUUUUUGAACAUUAUCCACAUCUACAAGCAACUCAAGCUAUUCCAGGAGUAUCAGCUAAGGUUAAGUGCACACAUUGGUCCGGAGGGAGCCAGAAACCUAGUAAACAGAGCACUCGUUCUCAUCACUCUCGGAGGCAAUGACUUUGUCAACAAUUACUACUUGGUCCCCUACUCAGCAAGAUCUCGCCAAUUUUCUCUCCCAGACUACGUUCGCUAUCUCAUUUCUGAGUACCGCAAAGUUCUCAGGCGGCUUUAUGAUUUGGGUACUCGAAGAGUUCUUGUAACGGGUACUGGACCGAUGGGGUGUGUUCCUGCGGAAUUAGCCAUGAGAAGCAGAACGGGUGAUUGCGACGUGGAACUUCAGAGAGCUGCUGCAUUAUUCAAUCCCCAGCUGGUUGAAAUGUUGAACGCACUGAACGAAGAAGUUGGUUCCCAAGUUUUUAUUGCUGCUAAUGCUUAUCGCAUGCACAUGGAUUUCGUUUCCAACCCUCGAGCUUAUGGAUUUGUGACGUCGAAGAUAGCUUGUUGUGGGCAAGGGCCAUACAAUGGGAUUGGACUGUGUACACCAGCCUCAAACUUGUGUCCGAACAGAGACCUUUACGCGUUCUGGGAUCCGUUCCAUCCAUCAGAGAAAGCAAACAGAAUCAUAGUCCAACAGAUUCUGAGAGGCACCACCGAAUACAUGCACCCGAUGAAUCUCACCACCAUCAUGGACCUCGAUUCCAUGACCUGAAUCAUCGUUUUUCGAUUUCCAUGUCUGAAAAAGUCAAAGGAUGUUAUAUCUAUGUGUGCCACCUAAGUUUGUUUGAUCUUCUUAUCAUCAUUCCCUAGCCAGUGUGCUUUCUGCUGCAAACUUAUUUUAUCUUCUGCUCCUUUCUUCCUCCGAUUGUUAUUCUGUUGGAAGUAAUUUUGGUCUCUCACCACAAAUAAAUUUACGUUCUUCUCUAUCA